GCAAGUUCCGGAACUCGUGUGACGUCACAUCGCUUAGGGGUGCUUUUGCAUUUGUACGGUUAAGUAGUAGACAGAUUAAUGUCUGUGAUUUCGGCUAAAGGGGCGUGUAUUGUGCACACUGACGUCUUGGCUGAAGUUAUUGAAGGCUUGAUGGCAGGGCUGGGUGUGUUUGUUAUGUAGGCAUGUGAUAGGGGGCGUAUCAAUCUAUGAAACGAGGACGGAUGUGGGCGGUGCUAGCUUGACAGGACCUCGCUCCUGUGUCCUACCUCAGUUAGUCAGGAGCUGCCGGCGCGGCCGGGCAAGGCGAGUGUUUGGUUCUCACGUCUGUCCCUUUGUCGCCCAGCAGCCAUGUCCGUUACUGCCCGCCCUAAGGUGUGGGUCCGGUCCGAACCGCAUGCUGGGAAUAUGCCUGCUUGGAAGCGAGAAGUUCUGGAGAGGAAGCGGGCCAAGAAAGAGGGUGUCCCUGUCGGAACCCCAGUCCCUUGGGGCCGGGACAGUUCCCCACAUCGCAGGCGCUCUGACAGGGGUCGCAGCUCGGGAAGAAAAGCUAGCCCUGGGGCCGGAAAGCCAGGGAGGGCCCCCAGUCCAGGAGCAGCUAAGUCAGGGAGGGCCCCCAGUCCAGCAGCAGUAAAGUCUGGGAGGGCCCCCAGUCCAGCAGCUGCUAAGCCAUCGAGGGCCCCAUGUCCAACAGCAGUAAAGUCGGGUAGGGCCCCCAGUCUAGGAGCAGCCAAGCCAGUGAGAGUCUCCAGUUCUGCUCAGGGAAAACCCACCUCUGUUAAACAUAGAAACAAUGAUGGGGAGCGUUUGGUGCUGCAGGAGAGCUUGGGGCCCCUACAUGAGAACCCCUUUAUUCGACUGGAACAGGAGAGGAGACUAAAGCAGCCCAGAGAACCUUCCCUUCCUGUUCCUACCCUGUUGGAAAUGUAUAGUAAUGUACCAGGCAUCCGUACCAUUAGAGCCGACAACAUCAUCAUCAUCGAGUCUGACCCUAUGUAUUUUAGCUGGACUAAGAAGCAGGAGCCCCACACUGACCCUGUGGAUGCCCUUAUAGCCAGGAGUGGAAGCAAGGUGGCUGCAGUAAGGGCUUCCGAGGUGGUCAUUUAUGAGACCCAAGAGCCCAGGCCCCAGAAUUUAGAGAAGGAGCACAAUGAAGUGCUGGAUGAGGCUGGAAGAGUAAGUAGGUUGCUGGAAAAAUUUGGCCAUGGCCACAGCAGACCCCCAAGGUCUAGGAGUUGGGACAAUAUUCUGGAUAGAAGGUCCAGCCCAUCUAGAGAUGAUGGCAACAAGAUGCCAGCUUUGCCAAAGCAGACAGCCCCACUGAGGCACAGCCAAGCCAUGGUCAACAAGGCCCCCAAGCGCUAUGGAGAAAUAUCUCCUGUAUCCACCUCCUUCUCGGAGGAGGAAAGCAAACGCUUCCCACUUAAUGACCCCUCAUGGCUACCUUCCAAGCAGUCUCCUGUCCUUUCCUUGCCUAGUGUAUUGUAUAAAAAGCCUUCUAGCCCAGCAACCUCUCCAGUCACUUCACCCGCUUUAUCAUCCUCAACUUUGGGACCACUUUCUUCUCAUUAUGAAACCUGUACAGAUGAGAAAGUUGUGUCACCCAGUGUGGAAACCUUUAGGGAAAGGUUUGAAGCUGGCUCCACUGCAGAUAAUCUACCCCUGCCCAAAACACUGAAUGCCCAAAAGAAGACUGGAAAUAACACCUUUGUUGUCAACCCUAAGGCUGCCUUUCAUUCAAAGGUGAAACCUUCUGAGACAGUUGGAGUACAGUCUAAAGAUGUCCCAGUGCUUACAAAUGGUUACAUUGACCAUCCUGAUGGAAACACAAAGCCUAAAGGACAGGUCAGUGUUCAAGAUCUGCUAUCCAAAACAAAGUAUAACAGGAUAUCCCCUGUUGAGAGGCCCCGUGAGGAACACAGACAAAUGCUAUCUGCCAGUGUUUCCACAUAUCAUAACUCCAAGGUUGACAACUCAAGGAGGCCAAAAUCUGAGGCAGACAUUUUUAAUAGUAAUGCUUCUCUAACAUCUAGUGCCACAAAAUCAGAAACCAGUAUACCUGAUCACUUUAAACCAACUUUGACUAGUGCCACCCCUAACCAACUAAAUAAGGUUUCUUCUUCCACAAGCAGUAACAGUUCCUUUGAGAUCAGGGCAGCUGUAAAACCAGAUCCUAGCAGCAUCCCAGAAGGGGACAUCCAGGCAAAAGCGCUAGCAAAUAUCCGAAUGCAGUCUAAAAAUUCUUUUGUAUUUAUUCCAAAGAAAACCACCCCCCGUGUAUCAAGUCAAGGCUGUGAGGUGCAAAAAGUUUCCACAGAAAAGCCAAAAGCCAAUGCACCCACCACAAAUGGCCCAAAAUUAGAUUAUAGAGACUUUCCUAAGGAUAAUGGUAUACUCUUAAAUGGACUGCCUCUAUCUCAAACACUCCAAGAAACCACCGCUAAUGAUAUAGAUAGGAUUGAACCAGAAGUUAACUCACAGAAAGCAUACAGUGUGCCCUCACUUUCAGACUUUGAUUGGCAAAGUGGUCUUUUGCCAUCUCAUUCCACAGAAGGCCAUUCUUUCACUGACAAAGGGGCAGAACUGGAUUAUUUAAGUAGUAUACAUCAAAACAAUAAGGGCCCUUUGUCUGUGAUACACAGUCAGGAUGGACUCUUCCUUAAACCUGAUAUUCCUGUCACAAAUAUAGAUGAUAUAGUGAAUUCGGACAUGACAGAUGGGAAUGUUCAGGCCAAUAUAACCGUUAAUGGUAACGAAUAUCCACUGCCUUCUUACCGGCCUCAUACUCCCCUGUCAUCUUCUGUCCUCAAUAAAUCUGGCAACACCUUCACUGUAGUGCCGAAAAGAAAACCAGUUAAAGAACAGGAGCCACUACAAACUCCUGUAUUGGAGGAAGAUGAAGGUGCCAGCUCUAAAAGGAAAUCUUUGGAUGGGACUGAGACUCCCUAUUCUGAAAUUGGAGCAAUGCUCAAGAAGCGAUACCCAACCGUGGAUGAAAUUCAAGUGGUCGGGGGAUACCAAUCACUGUCCAAAUCUUGCCUGUCUAAGAACGGUUCCUCAAGGAAAAAGAUGAAGAUCACAUUCAAUGAGAACAUCCACAAAAUCUUCGAGUACCCGUCAGAGAACUCUCUAAUAGAGGAGGAUGACGAGGCGUCGCACUCAGAAUGUGAGGAAGAGGAGAAUCCGUCUGAGCACUUCUUUCCACGGGCAAAGUUUCCCAUUCCUGGCACCACUCAUAACUCAAACUCUGAUCUGUCUGAUUACACUCUAAAGCACAUGGCAGAAUAUGGCACUGCGGCCCCCCAACACGGCAAGGCUCUGGGAGAGGACAUGCUGAGCCCGGAUGAAAGCAGCAAGCUGGCGCUGUACUUCUAGAGGAGCCACCAUAUUCCACUAAUGCACCUUUGGAAGAGACAUCACUGCCCUCACCUCUGUCCCUCUGGCUCAGCCUGGUCUGCAUUUCAGGCCUUAGCCAUUCUGCAAAGGAUUAUGGGAAAUGUGUUUUACUGCAUCAUGUAGACUGAAUUCCAAAGCUAAUCCUGUGUCACUGUGCACUUCCACUGUAUCUAUGCACUGGCAGCCAUGGCAACUGCCCAAGUCACUGGCGCUCUGUUAAUUAUAUUAAUUAGGGAGCUUCUUAUCUCCAAAUCCGUGUGUGACUGUGAGCUCUGCCUUCUAAAUAGGGAGGUGGAUUGGCUCUUGUUUGGAUGCGUUUGUGUGUGUGUGUGUGUGUGUGUGUGGGGGAGUUGUGUGGUCCUGAUUAGUGCUGUAUGACUGGAGGGUGUGGGGCUUGUGUGGUACAAUGAUUGGGGGAGAGCCCACGCUCUUUCUAUAUAUCUACGUUUAUUUAUAAUGUAAAGUCCUCUGACGAUUAUCCGGCCCCUAUGGUUUUGAUCCUUUGAUGCGGAUCUCUGUGCCUCGCUAUAGGGUUAGAUCUAGGGUUGCCACCUGGCCGGUAAAAAUGAUGGUUGAUCCCAAUAUUAUAAUUGGGGAAAAAAGAUAAAUAUAUAGGAAGGCCGGUAUUUUUUUCCAGAAAAGGUGGCAACCCUAGUUAGAUCCCACGGGGAGGGGGGGCAACUGGCAUGGGCUAUAAGGAUCCAUUGUAGGUCCAGGUGGCAUUCUAAAUAACAGGCAUUUAUUGGGGUGAUGAAAGGGUCAAUCUGCAAUUACCAGAAUCUUUUCUCCACCCCAGGAGCCAGCGUUAUUCUGUGAGAUUAUUCAGUAAGAUUUCCAGGUCAGUCCGUAUACACUCCAGCUCCUGUAGUAUGCAGAUGUACAUAAGCCUGAUUGUUUGCCUGGAGCCACUCAUCCUGCAGUUCAGUCCUCCUGCUUAGGGGCAGUGCAUGAUCUGUGGGGCUCCCUAGACUCGUACUAUAUAGGUAUAAGCAGUGAGAGCUCCAGGCAGAGUGUAAACCAGCACAUUGCUACCCGCAGUAUUUUACUCAAACUGUGGUGCUGGUCCUUAAUGAUCCAAAACAGAAUUUGCUGUUGCACAACCAGUGACCAAUCAGCUUGCCAGGCUGAACACAACAGGCUGCACCUUGUGGAGCCAAGCAGUGUACCCCAAAUUCCCAUUUCUUUGUGCAGUGCAAUACUAAAUGCCUGACAGGGGUCCCAAAUCAAGGGCCCCUCUUUGCUUCAUCUUCAACCUGUGUCUCUCCAGCUCCCAACAUGCCUUGCAAAGCUACAACUUCCAGCACUCCAAUCUUUGCACUCCUGCAGCACCUGGAACGCCACAGGGUGCAGAUUAAUAGCAGCACUAUUUCUGUUGAGGAAAAAUAUUUUUAUAGAAAAAUGGACCAAAAUUUUCUAAUGUCUGAUGUUGCACCUUUUGCACCCGUCUGUUUUAUUGUCAUUUACUCUGAAAAGGUCUGUUUUGCAAUUGAUUUCAUGAUGUUUUUAGCAGUAAUUGUUCAUAUAAUUAAUAUAUUUAAUGAGUCAAUGUGUCUCCUGCCUGUACUAGCCAUUCCUUGUUACAAGGCCAAAUUCUGACUUGAUUUCCCUGUGUUGAAGAUGAAUGGCCCCUGGCAUGUGUGAUGCUUGUGGAUCUGACUUCUUGUCACUUUGUAUCCAACACAGAGACAAUAAACAUUCUCAGUGCAAGGAAA